GCCCCUCGACGAGGAGUCCGUGCUAAGGGCACCGAUAUCGCCGUGGUUCGUCAGCAAGAUCGCGGCUUGAGCAGGGAGCUUGAUGCUACCAUCCAGCUACGUCGUCUUGCUAAUUGGCUGGGCAGGGUUGCCGAGCUUCGUCGCCAGCAGCAAGCCGGCGCUCCUGACCAAGGGCUUAGGCGCAGGACCCAGGACACGUGGCCGAGGCAGGUGCCUCGCAACAGCAACUUGGCGCAGGCCGAGGCGGCAGGGUUGAGACUCCAGGCGCAGCUUCGGCAGCAAAUUCGCACUGCUAAGGUGGGCCAGUGGCGGGACAACAUGGCGGCACAGGGCCGCUUCGCUACGUCGUGGCUCCAGGGCAAGUUUGGCUUGGGAGGGCCGCCAGCAAUCCAGCGUGAGGAUGGCAGCCGCACCGCCACCAUUGGUGAAGGGUUUGCUGAGCUGAUUUCGUUUUGGAGCCGCAUCUGGGACAGGGAGGCGGGCAGUGAGGAGCUGGAUCGGCUCCGCGCUGGCACUCUUACGCGUGGGCCGCCCGUCAGGGCCCAUGAGUGGCGACUCACUGCUCAGGACCUGCAGGCCGUCGCGGCCUCGAAGCGACACGGCGCGGCGGGGCCUGACGGCUGGACGGGGGAAGAGGUGUACGCCUGGCCCGCCUACGCGUGGGAGCUUUUCCUGGACGUGUGGCACCGUUGGGCGGAGCGGGACAGCUGGCCGCGACCUAUGCGAUGCUACCGGCAAAUCCUCAUGGCCAAAGAGAAGGGUGAGGGCGCGGAUAGCUUCCGGCCCAUCUCCAUCCAGUCGGUCUUCAACCGCGUUGUUGCUUCUGCUAUGGCAAGGCAUCCCCAGGUGCGGCAUUGGAUCCAGAGUCUCAUCACUGAUGAUGUGCAUGGCGCGGUUGCUGGCCGGGGCGUUCCUACCGCCGUUGCCAGGCUGUUGCAGGCGUGGGAUGGCCCCACACCGGUCCUUGUUUCUAUGGACCUGCAGAAAGGCUUCGACAUGGCCGCGCCUUCCCUCAUGACUGGCUUGCUCCAGCACCAUGGGUGGCCCACCCUUUGGGCUCGGCACUUGACCAAUGCCUGGCAUCACCAGGUUUCUACGUCGACUCCUCAGGGCGACCCAAUGGCACCAGUUGCCUUUGUGGUGCUCCUCGCCGAGGCCGGGCGGCGCCUCCAUGAUGAAGUUCCUCAUGCUGCGCAGGCUCUUUACGUGGAUGAUCGCAAUGUCAUUGCCGCUGAUGCGCCGGCCGCGGCAAGGGUGUGGGCCUUUUGGAAAGGGUGGACGCGACGGCUCGGGUUAGCGGAGAACUCCGCCAAGCUACGUGUCGUUCCCAAGCGCUCUGAGGAUGCAGCCGCUGCGGUGCGGGCCGGCUUCGCGGCCGAUGGGGUCACCACUCGGGCCGGGGUUUUAGGCGUUGACUUCAUGCAGACUGGAUCCGAUGAGCAGCCCCAGACCGCUGCUAACCGAUGGGCAGCUGGACAGAGGAUUGUAGCGAGACUUGCUUCGGCGGGCCUCGCGCCGGGCCUCAAGGCUGGGUUGGCGAGGACGAGAGUCACUCCGCUAGUUACGUGGGGCCGCUGGCUUUCUUCGCCAGAGGACUCACAAGCCUUUCGCUUAGGAACCGCUGUGAAGUUUGCUGUGAGAGGGCACCGCACGGCCUCCCGGGACCUAGUUCAGCUUCUUCAUGGGCAUUGGAUGGAUCUUAAGUUUGCAGGGGUUCACUCUUCUUUCGCGGCACUUGCUAGAGCGCUGCAGUUCUGGACGGCGCGGGGCCUUUACUACUCAGGUGGGCAGUGGUUUCGCCAGCUUUGCCAUGACAUGCAGGACCUUGGCUGGCACCGCACGCUAGGAGGGUUCCAGCAUAGCGACCUAGGACAUGUGCAGUGGCCGGGCCCUCAGCUUAGUGCAGCUUUCAAUCGGUGGAUCGGCCGAGCUCUGCAUGCUUUGCGGGAAAGUUGGAGACGUCUGCGCCUACGCUCCUUUCUGGGGAGACCGCGCAUCGACAGUCGCCUGCUGGGGCCGGCUUGGCCGUACUCGGAGACCGUAGUGCGCAAAGCCAGGUCGCUUUUUGCUCAGGCUGGGCAGGAGCAGCGAGGUUGCUUGGUCGGGGCUGUGCAUUCCGUUGCUAGGAUGGGCUGGCCGCGUGAGCACACCACGGAUGUGGAGGAUGCGGCGGUUCUGGAUCACUUGGGCAAGGUCCGGAAAGCUGUGUGUGAGCACAGGGCGUUCGCCUACCAAACCAACACACUGGUGAUGUUCAUGCACGCUGGAUUUGCCAUGUUGGAGACUGGCUGCUGCCGUGCAAAGAAUGCCUCGAACGUGCUGAUGAAAAAUCUGGUGAACGUCUCGGUCGGGACCUUGGGUUGGUGGAUCUUUGGCUGGGCCUUUGCCUAUGGCUCCCAAGCGGGGUCUUUCAUUGGCACGGAUGGCUUCUUCGGCCUGGGAUUCUACAACAAGGAUACGUCGGGCAAUAUCGUCCGCAUGCGCGAGAGACCCCUCCCACAGGGGCAUGCGGGCCACCGAUGGUGGUACGAAGUUCUCUCAGAGAUUUGCUGCCGCGUCUUCUUCCUUUUGUUCUUCAUUGGCAGCAUGGUUAGCAAUUCGAUCGGGCAUGCGGUUUGGGGCUGUCCGAGUUUUAUGCAGCAUGAGUGCUUUGGUGGUGGCCGUGUCAUCUUCUCCAAGUUCUCUAUUGGCCUCACCUGUGCAGUUUGGGCAUGCUGGUUGAUGCAAUGGCAUGCCUGGCUUCGACGUCGUUUUGAGUGGGAAGGCCUUUCGCCUCUCCCUCCUUUUCCUGCUGCUGGGCUUUGGGUGCUCGGCGGCUGGCUUAGUCUAUGUCUUUUGGCCCUAGUGAUGGAGGGCUACUUCGAGGUUCGUGCUGUGGGAGCAUGGGCCCGCCUUCGCCGACGAGGUGCCAGCGUAAAGGCUGGCAUGGUUCAUCUUGGGGAUUCUCCGGAUUCGAGUUCCUCAGAUCAUGGCGUUUCAGCUCUACAGCCGGAUGUUGGUUCUCUGGCUGCUAAUCAUUAUGCUUUUCCCCGGGUGCUUGCUUGGUCGGCUCGGCUGGCCGGCUCCUCCCGCUUUGCUCGGAGCUGGAAGUGUGCUCGGAUGGGUUGCCGAGCCUUUGUCCGGCCCCAGGCUCCGCGUGCUUUGGUGUGUACAGGUGAGCGGCAUGCUCGUCAAGACGGCGGCGAACCUCUCCAAGAUGAUUGCAGUAGUGGUGCCCAUGUCACCAUGAAUGAUUUUGUCGGUGACCGCGCUCUGGAUCAGAGCAUUUUGCCUGAUCUCGAAGGAGAUGAAGAUGCUCUCGCUACGGCGGCGGGCAUAGAGGAUGGAGUCGGCGGAGGGUCGACUGCUUGUAUCCUGGUUGGGGCCGGAGGUGUUUUGGCUGAUCCUGAUGGAGUGGCCUCCGCGAUUCAUGCUGCGAGGCUUGGGGCCGGAGGUGCUUUGGCUGAUGGUGGCGGCGGGGAUCCACUUCGCGGUGGCGCUGGUGGAGCAGCAGCUACAAGGCGCAAGCGCACAGAGAAAUUGCUUCAGGGACUUCAUGGUCUUCUGGAAGAUUGGGGCGGCGAGGCUGAUGAUGACCAGGGUGCCAAUGAUGACUCCGAGGCGCUUUUCAGUCAGUUGGAGCAGCUGCUUUGGGCAAGGCCGGCGGAUCCUUUCAGGGCUUUGCAACGCUUGCUUCAGCAGUGGUCUUCUGAGCGUGGUGCUGCAGCUGCUGAGUGGAGUGCGCCGUCAGCGCCUCGAUGGCGGCACAGGCGUGCUGCUCACAACGGCGGCCGUGCGGAGGCCGAUGCUGCUUGGUGGGGCGACGAGGCCUCACACACGCGAUGGGCUGGGGAGCCUGCUGCUUCGUUGCGGGCCCCGGCGGCUUCUGGGGAGGACAGUGGCUGGCAAACCGUCAGCCGCCGCAAGGCGAAGAAGAAGGCUGCAGCGGCACCGCCUCGGGUUGUCCAGCUUAGCUCUGCUCCUGUUGCUGCCAAGGGCAGGGAGCAGGCUCACGGCAAGGGCUCCGGCAAAGGCAAGGGACGUGCUGCUGACAAGGACAAGGGCUCUGGCUACAAUGGGCCGAUGUGCGUCGAUGAUUGGUGCCCUCGGGCUGCAGAUUGGGACCAUGGUGCUGUUGUCGUCAGCACCAUUGACGAGGUGUGGGACGACCCCACCCUGGACUACAUCGUGUACCUCAAGUCGGCUGGCGAGAUGGAGCGCUUCCGCACGCUGGUGCAGUCCAGCGAGAAUGCCCCGGACAUCACCUUCGUUCUCCUCAAGGGCGACGGUGCUCUCGAGGCCAGGCGCCGGGAGUUUGCUGAAGUAGAGUGGGUCGAGGCAAGGGUUCCGGGCACAUGGAGGAACCAUCUUCGAGUUGCUUCUGUGUGGAUGGCUCAGUGCUCUCCUGACGCCCCGUCUCUCAAGGCGUCAGCUGUUAAGCCAAAGGCGCCGGUCGUUCAGAGCACUUCAGUACUUCGUGUGCACUCUGAUUGGGUGUACUGUGAGAAGGGCGAGAAAGCCUGGGCGGAGAUCACUAGGAACCCGGGCGCUCACUUUAGAGCUUGGGCUGCCGACUCCUUUGGCAGCAUCAAAGACACAUGGCAGUGGCAGCUCACUCGGGGCCCCGGAGGCGCCGAGGCCACAGUCGAGGGAUUGAUUCGCAUGCCGUCCUCUCGAGUGGCUGCUGCUUUGUCGGCCUCUGGCUCCCGGCAUGGGGGCGAGACGUGGUUUGUUUCCAAUGUGAGCAGAGCUCAGGAGCUUCAGGGGGUUCCUGCUUUGACGGUGCAUUGGCAAGAAUGGGAGCCGAACGAGGCGGUUGACUUUGGCUUGGCCCGGGUGGCCAAACAGCUUGGCAUCAGGCGGGCGGCUUCCGAGGAGGUGACCGAGUUCCUUGCCGAGUGCCGCUUCGAGGAGCCGAGUGUCGAGGAGAGAUUGCCCUGGAAAGGGGCCACAGCAUGGACCUUUCGCGCCACCAUGCCGGCCGACACCGACUUCAUCUCCAUCGACCUGGACGGUGACACCAUUGAGUUUUCGCGGCUUGGGCGGGACAACCAUCACGCUCGGGACCGUGCGCUGCCCCUCGAGAUCAAGCAGGUUUACGCUGGUCGCAGCCAGCGGCAAGCCAAGGCUGUCCGUAGCAAAGCGGCUGGCUCGGUCCAGGAGACCCAGGAGGCCAAGGAGACCAUGCACGUGGAUGGUGGCGGCGAUCGGCCUCGACUCGAUGAUGGCAAGUCGCUGCCUGGGCAAGGGUCUGUUGAUGCUGCGGCCAAGAGGCCGAAGACUGGGGCUUCAGUUGCUGGCUCGGGGCCCUCGAUCCCUGGCGGCAUGAAGUUGAUUGACAACGCCGGCCAAGGCGACUGUCUCUUUUUAGCGGUCAGCGAGGCCCUUGUUGCACAGGGCCGUUCACGACGGUCAGCGGCCGACCUUCGCAACUUGUGUGUGACUCACUUGAGGAAGCACGAAGCCACCUACUCCGCCUUUUGGCGCGGAGAUGCGCCGAACGCUGAGCAAAGCGAUAUCAAAAGCCAAGGCUUUGGAGAAUAUCUCAGGCUCAUUGGCCGUGAUCAGGCCUGGAGCGGCUCGAUCGAGCUGGCCGCCCUUGCGGCCACCCUCAACCAGCAGAUUUUCGUUGUGAGGCCCCUCGAUGACGAGUUUGAUAUCAGGGUUUUUGGGCCGGCCUCUUCGAAGGCCACCCCCCUUACGUUGUGGUUUCAGCAUCGUCAUUAUCAAGCUCUUGUUGGCGAAGCUGAUGAAGUUGCUGCUCGGGCUGUCAAGGCCGAGGUUGGAGACCCUGCCGACCGAGGUGGGGGCAAGGAUAGUGUGCGCGGCCGGGCCUCAACCUUGGGGGGCCGCACUGCCUCUUCGAAGGCCUCGUCGUUGGGCGGCUGCACCUACGCCGCUCCUACUUGCAAGGCUCCUUCUACGUUGGGGAGAUGCACGGCGCCUCGCUCUGAUGCUGGCUCCUUGGAUGCUGCUGUUGCUUUCCCCGAGCCUGGUGUUGCAGUUGAGGAUCCUGUGCCUACAGGGCAUCGUGCUCGAGCUUUGUGCCAACAGAGGUAUCGUGAGAACCCUUUGGCGGCAGGGGGCGGGAUCCCUACUACUUUCGAGUGCCCCCACUGUGACUAUGCCUAUUCGCAUGCCUCUCGAGACAUCGUGUGCACGGCUAGGCGGCAGCAUUUGAAUCGUUGGCAUGCUGGUGCUGGGCUCCCCGGGCCCAUCAGGGUGGUGACCAGUGCCUUUAGGCAGCUCAGUGCAGAGGAGAUCCGUGCCGAUGCUUUUGACUGGAAGUGCCCCGCUUGCCGCUUCGGCCUCCCCUCCGGCCUUCAGCAGACUCUGACGAGGCAUGUGGUGGAUCGCGAGAAGGCUGCUCACCGGCGCAAGAAGCACCCCUCCUUUGACACCAAGCAGUGGCAGGCUUUGGCUUCGGCCCAGGCUCAGCGGCGUCGGUGUGCUCGGCGCAUCCGUGUGGUUCAGGCGGCCAACAAGCGAGCGGAGAAGUGUGUCCGAGGAACCUCUCGCCACGAGUACGACGGCUACCAGUACCCCCCCAAGAAGGGCUUGCACAAGAUCCGCAAGAGCCGCUUUCUCAAGGCCGUCCGCUUCUUGAGGAAGUCACCGCAUGGGAUGCCAGACGAGGGCCGUGUGACUCGGGUUGGCACCAUGAAUGUUGGCAGAAGCUUGGCGAGCAAAGUGCUGGCGGUGAUUGCUGUGAUGCAAGCUCAGCGCCUCGACAUCUGCUGCCUCCAAGAGAUUGACGUCAAUGCUCCGUCGUGGCCUCGGGUUGUGACUGGUUUCAGGGCUCGGGGUUUCAACAUCUUUGCUGGUGUGGCGGAUGCAUGCUCCAUUCGGCGCUGUGCUAUUGUUAGCAAGCUUCCGGGCAAGCUGCUCCAGCUUGAGGGCGUGGAGGAGCCUGACAGGACUGCUGCCAUGGUCCUUGAGGUCCAGCGUGGCAGCUCUUACCGCAAGGUCGUUGUUGCUUGCACCUAUGGGCACGCUAGCUGCCCUGAGGCUGCUGCUCGCCAUAGUGGGCAGGUGAUCGCUGAGCUUUGUCGUCGACGGGCUGACUGGGUGCUGCUUGGUGACUUCAACGUGGCUCUGGACGAGCCCCACGCUGCUUCGGAGCUUGCUGCCCGUGCCGACGUGAGGAGUCUGGACGAGCCUUUUCUGGAGCACGGCCCUUUGCCGGCUACCUCGCCAAGCCGGCUCAGACGCAUUGACUUCGGUUUGGCGUCGCGGCAGCUGUCGGCGGAGGCUCUCUACACCUUUGAGGGCAUCGCGGAUCAUCGUGGCACCGCCUACGACAUGAGGUUGGCUGGCCCGCGGGGUUUCUCUGGACCUCCUCGGGCUCCGUUGGCUGCGGCUGAUGUUUCGCCCUCGUGCUGGGAGGAGUUGUGGCGCCCCUUCGAGGCUUCUUUCAGGGCUGCUCUGGACACCGACGUGGAGGAGGCCUGGUCCAUCCUUUCUAGCGGGGCGGAGCAGGCGAUGGCUGGUUCGGCUUCUCGUUCACCCGGCUGCGCUCGACACUCUACGUGGCGGCCCCAUGGUGAGCGUGACGUGCACAAGGCUGCUGCUGGAGCUGAGUCCCUCUUGCUGACGCGGAUGCGUCGCUUGCAGCGGCGUUUGGCCCACCUUCGACGGGUUCCUCAGGACGCGCAGUUGCGGCGCAACAUAGCGAGCGACCUCGAGCAUCACGGCAACUCUUUCCCGGAGCUCUUGGAGUACGUGGAUGGCGGCGAGCUGGGCGCUGUGCGGCUGGUGGACUCCCUCGUUGCCGCGCUUGAGAAGGAGGCUCAGGAGUCGGCGAUUGCGGCCUGGAGGCAGGGCGUGGACUUCAACUUCAAGGCUCAGUGCGCCUGGGUCAAGCGACGCUCCGGUCUUGAGAAGGAGAUUGAGACUGCUGGCGACUUGGACCCCCUGCUUCCUCGUGUCGCUGUCCAUCCGAUGCGGGUCAUUGCGGAGGCGGAGGCCCAGUGGCUACCCCGAUGGUCACGUCGCCGAGGCCGUGACCAUGGUGCUGUGGAGGCUGCUCUUAGUGCCCUUCCUGAGUUGGAGCCCUCGUCGUUGGAGCUCUCUUUUUCGGGAGCUGAGCUUUUCGCGAUUGCCAAGGGCAUGUGUGGGAAGGCUGGCGGUCCCGACGGUUGGACGGCUGACUUGUGGUGCCACUUGCCGCUGAGUUUUUGGAACUGCCUUGCUAGACUAUGGCAGUCCGCCCUGAGGCUUCGGCAGUUGCCUAGGAUUUGGCGCUACUCCCGCGUGGCCCUCAUCCCGAAGCCCAACGGUGAUUGCAGACCGCUGUCUUUGCUGUGCAUCGCCUACAGGAUCGGGGCCAAGUCGGUGCUGGCGCAGGUCUCUUCGUGGGCCGAGAGUUGGCUGGGACACCAGACGUGCGGGGGCGUCCCGCGCAGGUCGCUCAAGGACGUGGUCAGUCAGCUGCUGAUCUCCAGCACGGACGGUGGCGUCGCUGUGGCUGAGGACUUGUCGAAAUUCUUUGAUGGCAUUGACCAUCAGGACUUGGACAUGGCGCUCGCGAGGUUGGGCGCUCCGCGGCAGUUUCGUGAGCUGGUGGGCCUCUUCAACGACGAGCACUACAAGCUGUUCUCCUCCGGCGGCCUCCUUGGUGGGCGCUGGCACAAGACGAGCCGUGGUCUUUGUCAAGGGUGCCCGUUGAGCCCUCUCCUCGCCUCUACGGUGAUGAUGGCCUGGGCGCUCCGACUCGAGCGGCUUCCUGGUGUUCGGGCGACCUCCUUUGUUGAUGAUCGUUACAUGCUCCUGCAGCCGAAGGCUGAUGCCGCCUCGGCUUGUCGUACCAGCCGCAGCUUCGACAGUGCCCUGGGCUUUGCCUGUGACAGUACCAAGUGCAGCGUGGCGGCCUCUUCCACUUGUGUUUGGGCUCCGUGUGUGGCGCAAACUUUUGGCUACGAGCUCACCUCCGUGCUCAAGGUGCUGGGCCUGAUGGUUGGCUUUGACGUGGAGCAGCAGGCGUCGCUGGCGGGCUUCUCGGUGCACAAGGCGCGGCAGCGACUUCGACUCUCCGCUGUGGUCUCAAAGACGUUGGAAGGCAGACGGCGGCUUUUUCGUUCGCUGGUGGCGCCGUUGUGGUCGUGGGCUGGAGCUUUCGGUGGCCUCUCCGCUGCUGGCGCUGCUGCGCUGAGACAGGACGUGGUGUGCCGUGUCGGUGUGAUGAAUGCCGGUGAGAAGGCUCGGCCUUUGGCCUUGGAGAUCAUCGGCUACGACUGUGACCCGGUCUUUUCGAGGCGAUGGGCUGCGCUGCGUGAAGUCACCCGUUUGGCAACCGGCACUGCAGCGUGGCAAGAGACCGCCCCGCUUGACGUCGCUCUUCGGGCCUGGCCGACGUACCUCUCCUUUGCCAUGCUCAUCUUGGCCGAGCUGGGGUGGCAGGUGGAAGAGAACGGCCGUGUCAUCACCAGGAUGGACUGGCAAGGCCGGCUUCGGAGGUUUCGCUGUGGGCUUGACAGGCUUGAGGUGCUGCGCGAGUGGCUCCUGGACUGGCACCGACGUGAGGCUCUCUCUAAGUGUUGGCUGCAGCGGCUGGGACAAGGCCAAGCGCAAUGGGCUGGAGGCGACGCCCAGGUGCCGAUGCGGGCUGGAAGAACCCAGCCGACCGCACUUGCUCUGGAGGCUGCUGUUCCAGAGAUCCCUCCGUCGCCGCAUGUGCUGGGAUUGGACGAGCUCGUGGAGGACGUCAGCGCUGACAUCCGACGGCGGUGGCCUCCCGAAGGUCCUUUGCUGAUGGGCACCGACGGCUCCGAGUGCGACAUGGUAGCGGCCGCUUCCUUGGCCAUUGAGGGGGGAGGCGCCUUCGCUCGCGGUCUCGAUGGCGAGGACCAGUCCGCCUACAAGGCUGAGCUCGAAGGUCUUCUUCUCAGCCUUCAAGGACUGUGUGGCGCAAGAGUGGCUGGCAGAGCGGUCAUUGCUGUUGACUGCAAGGCGGCGAUCGACGCCUGGAGGGGCCAUGGUUGCCUUUCCACUUUCGUGAGGCUUUUCGAGCAGCUCAGGGUGCAACUGCGGGCUCUGGAUAUCGUCGUCGACAUAGUCUGGGUGCCUAGCCACGACAAGCCCACUCCUGAGGGGUGGCAAGGCAGUGCUUUCGUUCCGCUGCAGAGACUUCGUGCAGUCAAUGCCAGAGCUGACGAGGCGGCUGGUAGGCUGGCCCGGAGGCGAGCUUCGGGAUCACUGAGGCAGCGCUGCCUCAGAGAGCGCGAGGCGGCGGCCAAGUGGGAAGAGAAGGUCCUCAUCCUCGCUGAAGGCGUGGCUGAGGAAUGGGCCGCGUGUGAGACCUGA